AUGGGCACUCUGCUCAUCUCCAAGGUGCGCGAGGAGUACCCGGAUCGCAUCAUGGAGACUUUCUCGGUGAUCCCAUCGCCGAAAGUCUCCGACACCGUUGUCGAGCCUUACAAUGCUGUGCUGAGCUUCCACCAGCUUGUGGAGAACUCCGAUGAGUCCUUCUUGCUUGACAACGAAGCGCUCUACGACAUCUGCUUCCGAACGCUGAAGCUGACGACGCCGACCUACGGCGAUCUGAACCACUUGGUCUCCGCUGCCAUGAGUGGCGUAACCUGCUGCCUGCGCUUCCCUGGACAGCUGAACUGCGACCUGCGUAAGAUCGCUGUGAACCUGGUGCCCUUCCCUCGCUUGCACUUCUUCAUGACGGGCUUCGCGCCCUUGACCUCCCGCGGGUCGCAGCAGUACCGGGCCCUGACCGUGCCCGAAUUGACCCAGCAGAUGUUCGAUGCCAAGAACAUGAUGUGCGCUGCGGACCCUCGCCACGGCCGCUACCUCACGGCGGCAGCCCUCUUCCGCGGCCGCAUGUCCACCAAGGAGGUGGAUGAGCAGAUGCUGAAUGUCCAAAACAAGAACUCCUCCUACUUCGUGGAGUGGAUCCCCAACAACAUCAAGGCAUCCGUGUGCGACAUCCCGCCCAAAGGUCUCAAGAUGGCUGUUGCCUUCGCGGGAAAUUCCACUGCCAUCCAGGAGAUGUUCAAGAGGGUGGCUGAGUACUUCACUGCCAUGUUCCGCCGCAAAGCCUUCCUGCACUGGUACACCGGCGAAGGCAUGGAUGAGAUGGAGUUUACCGAGGCAGAGUCGAACAUGAAUGACCUGGUGUCGGAGUACCAGCAGUACCAGGACGCCACUGCCGAGGAGGAAGGUGAGUUCGACGAGGAGGAGGGCGAGUACGAUGGAUAA